AUGGUGGUAUGGUUUCCACUUGAUUACAGCGCAGAUUUCAUAUACCUACUCGAUAUAGCCUUCCAUUUCAGAACCGGUUUUCUAGAUGACGGAGUGCUACAAACAGACCCGCAAAAAAUGCGGCUACACUACUUCAACAGUACAACCUUCUACGUAGACAUGCUGUGCUUGCUGCCUCUCGACUUCUUAUACCUCAGUCUCGGGUUCAAAUCCCUCUUGCGCUCAUUCAGAUUGGUGAAAGUUUAUAGAUUCUGGGAGUUUCUAGAUAGAACUGAACGUCAUACGAACUAUCCAAAUGUUGUAAGGACGGUUGCACUCUUGCACUAUUUGUUUGUAAUU